GGCUAGUCGCGCUUUGAGAUUUCAGAGCCCGAGAGAGCCAGACACCGCUCUUAAAUGUAUAAAUCGACUGGAUUUCUGCAUCAAUUCCUCAGCGGAAAGUUGCGAAUAUCCCCGGGCUAUGGUUAUGGCUAUGGCUACAAUGGAUCCGAAUCAUGAAAAGGCGGGAUCCAAUGGGACCAAGCCUGCAAGCUACGGUCAGUCACACUCCAGCGAGAUUGCUCACUAUCCCUCCUCCAACCCAUCGCAUCGCAUCGCAUAGACAAGAACAAGAACGACCACUGAAUACGUCCAAGAAAGAACGCACCAACAACCCGAGAAUCCUUUCGCAUCUCUAAUCCCCAACCAAACCUUUGCCAUCAUCCCAUCUUUUACUCUCGAAUCCGGCGUCACUCUACGAAAUGUGCCAUUGGCAUACAGCACCAGAGGCAAGCUCUCUCCAAAUGGUGACAAUGCGAUGGUCAUCUGCCAUGCCUUAACCGGCAGCGCAGACGUGAGCGAUUGGUGGGGUCCACUACUUGGAGGCGAGGGUCGCGCAUUUGACAUCUCGAGAUUCUACGUCGUCUGUAUGAAUAGUCUGGGUAGUCCAUAUGGUACCGCCAGUCCAGUGACAGGUCGUGAUGGGACCCCGCAAGGUGGCAGAUACGGUCCGGAGUUUCCUCUGACUACCAUUAGAGACGAUGUCAAGUAUGGCUCUACGCUACUUAAGCUUCCACACCAACUAACGAUAAUCUAGCCUGCAUAAACUGCUGCUGGACGAUUUGGGUGUCAAGCAGGUUGCCGCCGUUAUCGGAGGGUCGAUGGGUGGGAUGUUGGUAUUGGAAUGGGCAUACUUUGGCAAAGACUAUGUGAGAUCAAUUGUGCCAAUUGCAACCUCAAGUCGGCAUAGUGCUUGGGGUAUUAGUUGGGGCGAGGCACAACGACAGAGUAUAUACGCGGAUCCAAAAUACGACGAUGGAUACUAUCCCUUUUCCGACCCUCCUGUCACCGGCCUGGGAGCGGCACGUAUGUCUGCUUUGCUCACAUAUCGAAGUCGCAACUCUUUUGAAGCAAGAUUUGGUCGAAAUAUCCCCGAUGCAUCCAAGAAGCAGUCGAUAGGCGACCAACAACGACCUUCGACGCCCUCUGAAGAACAUGUGGCCAUACAUAACGAUGGUCAUCGUUCCACACGAUCUCCCAUUUCUCGAACAGCCAGCCCAACUUCGAUUUCCACUAAACCAAAUACCAAUGGUGCUGAUUCUUCAAAGUUUGCCGAUCCUCAAUUUCAUGGUGCGAAAUCCGAAACACCCUCCGAGAAGUCUAUCACAAAAGAGACGAAGAGAGGAACAUCGACCUAUUUCUCCGCACAAUCCUAUCUUCGCUAUCAAGGAGAGAAGUUUGUGAAACGCUUCGAUAGUAACUGUUAUAUUGCUAUUACUCGCAAACUAGAUACCCACGAUGUGUCACGAUACCGGGUCUCUGCCGAUUCCGAAAAUCCCAUCACCGAAGCUCUUAGCCAAAUCCAACAGCCAACCUUGGUACUAGGAAUUGAAAGCGAUGGACUCUUCACAUUUGACGAGCAAAAGGAAAUCGCAGCUUCCAUCCCGAAUGCGCGUUUGCGUAAGAUUGAUUCUCCAGAAGGUCACGAUGCCUUCCUGCUGCAAUUUGAGCAAGUCAAUAGCCACAUCUUGGAGUUUCUGGCCGAUGUCCUACCCGAUAUCAUGGGUGCGCCUGGGAUCGAGGGUGCGGAGGAGGAAGAUUCAAAGGCAGGUGAUGCAGCGAAGACAAGUGUCGUCUCUGAGGUAGAUGAUAUCACGGCAUGGUAGAAGUAAGCA